CAAAUGAACAAAAUCUCGGCGGAUUAUAAAUAUUCGCCGAUUGGGCCGGAUCAUGCAAGAAUGGAAGUGAAUGCUGAUCAUGGCGUCAGAAAUCCAUAGUAGCAGAGAGAUAAGACCCCUUUACUGGAAGGAGUUUUGUUGCUGAAAUGCGUAUUUUCGUUCGUGAAUUAAAACGAACCGUAAUAGGUCGUGAAACUGGAUCAAGCAAGCAAUCGGCCAGCAAAUCGUGUGCUCUGUCUCUAGUUCGUCAACUGUAUCAUCUUGGCGUGAUCGAUGCUUUCACAGGUACUCUGAAAAAGAAGCCGGAUGAAGAGCAAAUGAAACCAUAUCCUGUCAAUAUUGAUCCCCAAUUAAUGAAUCAAGUCGAUCAAUGUAUAAAUGAAUUAGGUCUUGACGUCAUUAAUCUCAGCAAUGUGAAACCAGAUCCAGAAACAAAUGCAGUUUGCGUGAUGUCACAAAAAAUGGAAACGAGAAGAUCCAUCAAUCCAAACCAACAAAUGGGCUCUGUAAUUCCAUGGGCUCCACCGCAGCCUAAUUGGCAUGUUUGGAAUGCAUGCAAUAUUGACGAAGGAUACUUAGCUAAUACAAGUUUAGAUCAAUUAAGUGAGGAUCUAGAACGACAGAUGCGCGAAAAAAGAAUGCACGAUCAGGAAUAUCAGCGCUUCUUAGAAUUCCGACAAACAUUGCCAAUAGCAUCCUUACGAAAUGAUAUCAUGACCGCUAUCAAUGACAAUCCGGUUGUGAUUGUGCGAGGCAACACAGGAUGCGGAAAAACAACUCAAAUCGCACAGUACAUAUUGGAGGACUACAUCUCCUCCGGGCAAGGGGCCCAUUGUAAUAUUUACAUAACGCAACCACGGCGAAUUAGUGCCAUUUCUGUUGCAGAGCGUGUCGCUAACGAACGGGCUGAAAAUCUUGGUGAAUCAGUUGGAUACUCGGUUCGUUUCGACUCUAUGACUCCACGUCCUUAUGGAGCAAUUUUGUUCUGCACGAUUGGUGUCUUGCUACGAAAAUUGGAAGCUGGGUUGCGAGGUGUUUCUCAUAUCAUCGUCGAUGAAAUCCACGAGCGCGAUGUGAAUAGUGAUUUCUUGUUGGUUGUAUUACGUGAUAUGGUCCACACUUACCCUGACUUGAGAGUCAUUUUGAUGUCCGCCACAAUUGACACAACUCUUUUCGCUGAAUAUUUUGGCGGUUGUCCUGUUCUUGAAAUACCCGGUCGUGCCCAUCCAGUUCAGCAAAUGUUCUUAGAAGAUAUAAUCGAGCUUACCAAAUUUGUACCAUCACAAGAGAGCCGGAAACGUAAACGAGACCAAGAGAAAGAGGACAAAGAAGAAGGCGUCUUUGAUGAAAAUGAUCAAAAUCUUAACAAAGUUGUUGAUCCAAAAUAUUCAGAACAAACACGCACGACAAUGGCUCAACUGUCUGAAUCAGAAUGUAGUUUUGAGCUUAUUGAAGCCAUCUUGAAUAUCAUCCGACAGAAAAAUAUCCCUGGAGCGAUUCUAGUCUUCUUGCCGGGUUGGAAUUUGAUUUUCGCCCUGAUGAAGUACUUGCAAAAUAGUCCAGUGUAUGGUAGUUCGGCGUAUCGGAUCCUGCCAUGCCAUUCGCAAAUCCCACGAGAAGAUCAGAGGAGAGUGUUCGAACCAGUGCCGCAAGGUGUUUCGAAGAUUAUCCUUUCUACAAAUAUCGCUGAGACAUCAAUAACCAUCGACGACAUCGUCUAUGUUAUUGAUAUUUGUAAGGCUCGAAUGAAGAUGUUUACGUCCCACAACAAUCUAAUCAGUUACGCCACAGUUUGGGCCAGUAAAACCAACCUGGAACAACGCAAAGGACGUGCUGGUCGAGUCCGACCCGGAUACUGUUUCACACUUUGCUCCCGAGCCCGUUACGAAAAACUGGAUGACAAUUUGACACCGGAAAUGUUCCGUACUCCUCUACACGAACUUGCAUUGAGCAUCAAACUCCUUCGUCUUGGAUCAAUUCAUCAGUUCCUCUCAAAAGCAAUAGAGCCACCACCACUUGAUGCUGUAAUCGAAGCAGAAGUUUUGUUACGCGAUAUGAAAUGUUUGGACGAAAAAGAUGAACUGACACCACUAGGAAGGAUUUUAGCGCGACUACCAAUUGAGCCACGCCUAGGAAAAAUGAUGAUUUUCGGUUGCAUAUUUGGAGUUGGCAAUCCGUUGGCAGCCAUGUCGUCAUAUUCAAGCACGUUUGCUGAGAUAUUCACGUUGGACAUUGGACAAAGACGUUUAGCGAAUCAUCAGAAGGCAUUAGCUGGUAAAAGAUGUUCCGAUCACAUCGCAAUGUUGGUUGGGUAUCAAAUGUGGGAGAGAGCUCGUAAUAAGGGUGAAGACGAAGAGAUACGAUUCUGCGAGUGGAAGGGACUCCAACUUCCUACAAUGCGAAUGAUAUCUGAGGCCAAGCGACAACUCUUGGAGCUUCUUAAUCAAGCAGGAUUUCCGGAAGAGACAAUGCUCGAUAUUGAUGUCGAUGCAAACAGUGACGACAGUCCUGAUCUUGAUACAUCGUCAGCAUUGCUCUGCUCAGGACUAUAUCCCAAUGUUUGCAUGCACAAAGAGAAACGCAAAGUGCUUACAACCGAGUCGAAAGCGGCGCUUCUUCAUAAAACGUCUGUAAAUUGCAGCAAUUUGGCCAUCACAUUCCCAUAUCCGUUCUUUGUUUUUGGUGAAAAGGUGCGUACAAGAGCUGUCUCUUGCAAGCAACUCACUAUGGUCCCACCGAUUCCGUUGAUACUUUUUGGCUGUCGUAAGAUUGAUCUAGUUGAUAAUAACACUAUUCGAUUGGAUAAUUGGCUGAACUUUGAAAUGGAUCCCCUUCACGCAAUCAAGUUGGCCGCAUUGAGACCAGCUCUUGAGGAGUUGAUAACGCGAGCGUGUGAUGCUCCCGAUGAGAUAUUGAAUUUCGAACCGCCAUUAUUGAAUCUUGUGAAGACAGUCAAGGAACUAUGCAGAAUGACAACUGGUGAUUACAAUAUUACUCGCGAGACGGGAAUCUUGCCUGUGCAGCAAAGAUCGCUAGGUGGGCCAGGAGGUCGAGGCGGUGGCAAAUUCAGUAGGCCAAACUCUAAUAGCGGAGGUGGUAGCUUUGGGGGCGGAUUUGGUGGAAAUGGUGGAGGAAAUCGCUUCGGCCGCAACGGCGGAUUCGGUGGUGCACGGAAUGGGAAUUUUGGUGGCGGCCGGAGGGGCGGCGGUGGUUGGAUGUCUGGAAAUCGCCAAAGAUUUUAAGAGCUAAAAUCUCAUUAAUAUUAUUUUGGAUUUUACAUUCGAUGUAUUGUAAUUUUAAUUACUUAAAAUAAAUUUUAGAG